CAAAAUUUUGACGUCUCAUAAACAGAAAAAUGGAAGAGGACAUAUUAUGCGAAUGUAGGAUUUUUGUAUAAUAUUCUUUUCUUAUUUUAAGAUUAGAGCCGUAUUAGAUUGAUUAGUUUACUGGACCAAGUGCAUCAUAAUCGAAUAGGUAAUGUGAAGAGACCCUGUUAGAGGUUGAAGUGAUCCUGGCUGCUUAUGAAAAAAGACUACCGAAGAAGCGCCAGAGGUUUUAUGGACAAAGUUUGACUUUUGCGAGGCAAAACGCUAGAUAAAGUUUUCGUGCAAAAUUUUCCUACAUUAACCGCUCGAAAUGUGGCCCAUGAAACUCGACAUGACCCGGGACGAGUGCCGCGGUGUUCUCCGUCGACUUGAGUUGGAAUCGUACUCGAAUGUUGUAAGUACGUUCCGUGCGCAGGGAGCGCUGUGCAAGGAAAAAGCGCGAGUUUUAGAGGAUCUCCGUAAGGUACUGCACAUAUCGCAGGACAGACACAAGGCGGAAGCCCGACGGGUGGCCAAUGACGAAAAACUGAAUACGGUGGCUGAAACAAUUUUUGGUCCAAACACCUACCAGGAUUGGUGCCGAGAGGGUCGUCGCACUUUUCCAAUUCUUCCCCGAACGGCGCCGUACACUGCGUUAUCAUAUAUAGCAAAUACCGUUUGUGAACAGAUUUCUCGUCGAAAUGCCAAAUUGCCACAUCCGUUCGAAACGUCGCAAAAUCGGCUUCAGAAGGAACAGGAAGAGGAAAAAAAGAAAUUGAUGGAAUCCCAACAACAACAGCAGCAGCAGUCAGCGUCCCUCAAUCAGGCACCCUCCGAGAAACAGCAGGUUGAAAUGGAGCCUAUUGCAGUUCCACUGACACCACCAAUGGAACCAGUUGUGCAAACACCUCCGCCGGUUGUCUUGAUGGAUCCGUUCGUUGAAGCGGCUAACAAGAGUUACAUUAACAAUGAUCUGAAAAGAACCUACCCGUCAGAUCCCGUACCGCCCCUUGGAAGUUUUAAUAAUCGCGACAACUCGCCGUUACGUAAAAAACCGCAGUUGUAUCAGGAGUUACAGAAGCAAGAUUCACUAUUUCAUCAGAACCCGAUUGUGACUUACCAUCAGCAACCGUAUCAGCAGCAGUUUUCUCCCCUUUCUCCGCAUAAAUCUCUCGGAUCUCCGACCAGUUUCGGCACCUCACCACUAACGAGUAACAAUUUUAACGUCAAACCAUUGCAUGGCAAAAACAGCAAUAAACCAGAACGCCAACGGAAACAAUCUGUUACGGCGAAAAGGAACCAGAACAAAGCUAAAGCAUCAUAUCAGACAAACAAACAGACAAGCUCUGCAGGUACAAAGGGAUCGAAAAAUACGGCAAUCCCCCAGCAGCCUCUAAUACCACAAAUUGGCGGUCCGAUAGCUGCCACCGGAGCAAAGGGUAGCGGAAGAGGCAACAGCGUGAGUAGCCCGCACUUGAUCCAUUCGUAUGCGAGUCCGUUGCUACCCUACGAAAUACCACAGCCGAUCGGUUCUAUGGAUAAUCCUACCGAACCACUUCAAUUGCAGAAGCACCUCACAUCCAACAUUGUCUAUCAAGCACAGCAAAACCAGUCGACGCUCGGAAUGACGGCUUCCCCUCUUAAAUCACCCUCAUUCGGGGUAUCAUACGGUGCUCAACAACAACAACAACAACCGGGGUCAACUGCAUCAAAUAUGCCUCCCAAUUCUACCAACUAUGGUGGUCAACAGCAGCUGCUUCCAUCAUCCAAGAAGGACAUUCAGUACAAUCUCACAAAGCUGAACCCCACAAACCAAGUUUCAAUGAAGAAUAACCUGAACAUCCCAUUGAAACAGUCAAGCUCUUCAAUUAUCCAUGGCAAGAAUCAUCCACUGUUGAACUAUCACAAGAAAUCUCCUUCCAAAAAUGUACUGAUACCGACAUCCUCAGCGGCGGCUGCGUUGGCCAGUCUCGGAAUUCCGAAGCCGAUUCAAAGAAAGGAUAGUCCAGUGAACCCAGCAGAUAUUCCGAAUCCGAAGAUAAUAUUUUCUACCACUGGAAACGUUCAACCGGAAUCGACCGGUCGUCAGUCUGCCGGUAGCCAGAUAACCAUUUUGGAUCAGAUUACCCUACACCCACCCAACAACGCGUUAGUACAAGGUACUUCGACAGCGGGCCUACCAACAAGUACAGUCGCAAAGCUACCGGCAUCGGUAGCCAGUUUCAUUUCGAGCCCGACCUCUACCAUAUCUUCAAACGUGUCGAAAACAAUCAGCCCGGUUGGAACGAAUGUUGCAAAUAAAAUGGUCACGUUAAAGGGACCCAAUUUAGCAGGGUUUACUCCCGUCAAAAGUGGCAGUAAACUGUCGGUACAUAAACUGCAGCUGGUGCCAAUCAGUCAACCGGUCGGUAAAAACAAUGUGAUUGUUUUACCAGCGAAAUCCGCCACGGGUGGAGUUUUGAAUCCGGGACAGAAGAUCACUAUUCCGAAGAGCGUUGUGGAUACCGGAACGGUGACGAACUUACUCAGUCCGCCGAAGGUCAUCGUUCAACAUCAGCCCGAUUUGAAUAACAUUGUCGUGUUCGACAUUGCCGCAGAUCAGAAAGUCAAACCAUCGAGCGGAGUUCUGAAUUCUCAGAUGCAAUCUGGUCUACCGGAAAAAUCAGUGAUUACCGAGGACACUCCAGUGGACAUCGUUUCAACUCCGCUGGAUGUAGUGACCGGAGCCGUAAAGUUGCGGGAACUCUCAAAAGGUAUUCUUUCACCAACCUCUGCUUCGGGUUCUCCAUUGACGGAAAAAAUGGUGAAACCGCAGCCCACGGGUUCAAACUUUUCGACAGUCGCAACGUCCAAGUACAAUUCAAACAAUCCCACGAAAACGACGAAAUUCGAAGCCGACAGCACGGCCUCGGGUCCCUCGCUGGCGGCCACCAAAAGAUCGAAAAUCAACCAUCGAUCAACGUCAGCGGCUGCUGCCUCUACAAGCGCCAUUGUACAAAGUAGUAAAACUGCAAAAUCUAAAUCAACUGCGGCGGCUGCCAGUUCGACUACUGCAGCAAGCACGGACAUUUCACCUAUGAAUCGAAUUCCAGUCAUGAGCACAACCGAUUGGGAGCUGGAACUAGAUCAGGCCAAUCAGAUAACAAACCUCAAAACAAAUCCAAUUAUCGCAAAGCCCAUCCCGAAACCUACACUAAAAAUAAAAACAACUCCCCCAAUGCCAAUCGCGAAAUCAACAACAACAACAAUAGCUCAGAGUAGUACCAGCAACAGUCAGAAUGCCCGAAAAGCACCUCCUCCUCUUUCAUCCAGUUCUAUUACUUCAACCUCAUCUACGAGUGCGUCUUCGCCGGUCGUCGGCGAACUGCAAUCAUCCGUAUCCACGGACACAAGGAUACAACAGCUGACCCAUAGGCCGCCCUCCGUUGUGCCUAUCGCUCCCAAUCUUGCUGGACCAACAGCACAGCCCGUGCCAACACUUACGUCAACGCCGAAAGCCAACAACAAGCAGACAACACUUCACCCGCUGGAUACAACACCACCGAACGAACGAAGCGACGAUACGUCGGCAACGGACUCUGCCGAUGCCGAAGAAGACCCUGACGUCGGAGAAGAGGACGAUACAAUCGAAGAGGAGAUGAUUAUCGUCGACGAACAGCACUUCAAUGCGGUAAUCGAGGAAGAUCCAGAGUUGGACGAGACAUUCAACGAGCAGGAGCUGGACGGCGAACGGGUGGAAAUCGUUAACGUCGGUUACGACACAUCUCGGGCGCUCAUCGCCGACCUGGAAGACACGGAAACGGCAGUAAGUUUGCAAGGCGAAACUACCGAUGUUUGGACCAAAAACGGCGUUGAGAUUAAUCCUUCCAGUAUGAAUUUUGAGCAGUACAUUGUGGAGGCAGAAGGUGACCCGGAAGUGGAAGCGAACGGAGAAAAUUCCCGAACAGCGGCACCCACGCCGGUUGGAAACGGUAAGAAUAUUAUGUUCGAAAUGUUGGAAGUCGAUGAGGACGGUCAGAUCGCGGUGCCCAAAGCGUCCGGUUCCACCAAGAGCACCGGUGGCUCUACGGGAUCGGGCACAGUGAAGGGUAAAACGAAAUCAUCGUCAUAGACUAGAGACUAGAGAGUGUAAUGUGAACCGCUAGAGAUAAAGUUCAACUAUAAGAGUUUGCACCAUUACGAGCAGCCAUAUAAUACUGGAAAACAAAACAGAAGCACUCGCCGAUGGCGCAGAAGGCAGGAUUUAUUUAUUUUAACCGUAAGUCUGUGUCCACUUCGAAUAGUGGAUACGUUUUGCUGGAAAUUACUAUUGUAUAAUAUACGUCUGGUAGAGCAGAGAUCCUCGUUACAAUAGUGUUGAUAAUAUUGCUACGCUGGUUUAGGUAUCGAUUUGUUUGGGAUGGUAUUGUACAGGAGUGGUGUAUGCCCGCAAGGAUUGCCCAACCUUCAUUAGUUCUGAUACGCAUUCAGUUUCGGAGGAUUGCUUUCUAGGUGUAAGGUCUAAACUUGUUUAAGAGUGGUAAAAAUUACACAGGAAUUCUCGGUGGCAAAUUGUUAAGUUUUUAUAAAGCAGAAAAUAUAACUAAUUGCUAUUAUGAUUAUGAUUUUAUAAUCUAUAAUGAUCUAUCGAUUUGUUACUUUCGUUCCAGUGUUAUAUCUGACAUUACUUGUACUCUUUAUAUAUCAAAAAGUUUAAUUACCUUUAAGCGUGUUUUAUACGUUGAAUAUUUUUUAUGUGUGAAUGAGCGAAACCGGUGUGUUCUGAUGUUGGUUUAUCUGUUCUGUUUUCUACAGAAGACUGAUUUUGUGCUGUGUUCAAAUUGGAAAGGAAAAAAAUCAUUUUUGAUUAGCUAUCAAUAAUUACUUGCUUCUGAGUUGGUUUCUAAUUUUUUUUCACACUGAAUUCGCUGAGAAUAAUUUUUCACACUGAAUUCGCUGCGAUUUAAUUUAUGGAAGUCAAAUAAAAAAUACUUCGCUUAAGUACAAAAACACUGGUCUCGCAAGCCAGUUGAUUCUAUUGCGUGUAAUUCGAGAACUUGUACUACAAUUCCAAAUUUCAAAUCACAAAAGCUUUACGUGGCCGAUUGAACCGAUUUUUUGAAUAAUGUUGGAUCUCGUUGUCACCCUUUUUUUAGAGGGAGAGGAGUUUCUAUUUCUCUCCUGCGAGGAUUGAGGGGCACUUCGUUCGUGGUUCGUCUCGUCAUCCAUUGCCGCAUCGAUGGUAUUGUUGUCGAUUUCCGUCUUCUUUUCAUUACUAGUUGCUGUAGAUGCACCUUGUUGUAUAUUGGUUGCAAUUGCUGAUUGGUUGGAGGGUAAGUUGUUAAUUGCAGCUGGUGUACUUUGUUCUAUAGGGGAUGAUGAUGGGUUCGUUGAAGGGGAUGCUUCAUUGUUGUUGGUGGCUGUCACAGGUGUACUGGGGUUGCUUGGGGUUUGUGUGAAGAAAGCACCGUUGUCCUUUGGUAUAGUUGUCUCCUUGUCCGGUUUAUCACAUGGCUUACCGUAGUGAAAAGCUUUUUGGCAAUAUUGACAUGUGUCCAUCUGAUUGUCAUAGGUAACAAGUGAUUUGCACGGAAUUCUUGUAUCUUGACCGAAAAUCACAUAAGAAGGUAUAGCCUUCUUCAAGUGUAUGCGUAACAAACGUACGCCAUUUAGAAUACCGGGGAAAAAUUCUUCCACUUUUCUAGAGAGAAUCUCUCCGUAUUGGGACAUAGCUUUGCGAAUAUAAGGAUCGAUGACGCUUGAGGGAAGAUCAUGCACACGCACUUCUAUAGCACUAUCUUCCAUAUAUACUGGAAUGUUGUACUUAAUGUUCUCGUGCUCCACAUAGUGCACAUUGUUAUUGUCUUUUGCGAAUUGAAUUGCAUCCAACUCUUUAUAAAACUGGAUGUAAACAACAUUAUUCGUCUUAUUGCAUUGAAGUAAAUGCACACGUUUAGUGUCAAGAUGCAUUUGCUCCUUAAACAAACCUUCAAGUUCUCGUAUCGAAGGACGAAUUUUGCACUGCCUGAAGUCAACAACAGUUGUAUUCUUUCGUGUCGGCGGUAGCUUUUGUUCGUUUGGUUCACUCAUUUCGAGGUCGUUCUAUUGUUCACUACACAAUACUAUACUUGGUUUCUUCUGUCCCGAACGUAACCGGUUUUGUUUAAUCGACUGACUUGGAUGAGAUGUGAAACCGAACUGCACGAGAAUUGUUACUUAUAUUUUAACAAAAAGUAAGCAAAGUAAUGCGUUUCGUCUUAUGCAUGCUUCCAUAUAUCAAUCCAUAUAGUAUAGUGGAGUUUAUAUUCAUUUACCAAGAAAAUCCAAAUCGUUUAUAGCAAUUUGUUAUUGCGGCCGACCAAUCUGAUAGGGCGUGAAAAUUGUGACAAGAGGUGAUGCGAAUUCGGCAUGUGCUAUUGGAUGAUGAGUGUCUCAUCUAAUUUCUGUAAAAGAUAUCAUAAUGUUAGAAAUAUGCUGAUUUUGUUAUUUACAACAAAUUAUUAUGCCAAAAAUAAAAGUAAAAUUUCGUGUUGUCGAUCUUGAGAAUCUACUUCAAAUAUGUGUCCACAUUCGAUGAUUUUGAAUAAUUAGUAAAUUGGGACAUUUCGGCAAAAUCUGGGGCUCAAGCUUGAAGAGAUCCUGGUCCUAAUCGAAUCAGCAAUUUUGCGUUUCCUUCCGCUACCUGUUUGAAUGUCUUGAUCACACAAGAUACGGUCGGAUUUCCGAAAGUAUCACCAAUUGCUUCGUUCUAGUUCUGUCUGUCAUCACUGUUCUUCUUAUUAUUAGUUUUGUUGCGUCAUCUCGUGUGAAAUGGCCCCUUCAGUGCAGUAAAACUUUAUUCAAUUCAAUUGAAACCUAAUGUGAAACACACGGACGAUCUCUCCUCUGCAGUAAACUUCACACACACACAACGUUCGCUGACGUACCGAACCGGCUCUCUUUCAAUGGAGCGGCCUUCAAAUGAGGUUUUAGCUGAAAUAAUAAUUUUUUCCUUCAGUUUUCAUUUUUAAUACUUUACUUCAUUUAUAAUUCAAUUCAUUCGAACUUGCUCACUACCAACAGCGAAGACAAUGAAGCAACUAGACUAUUUAGCACUUGAAACCGAGCAAACAUAAAUGACUAGGUAUGAUUAUUCAACUGACGAUGAAUUCUGGGAGCUUCACUUGAAAAUGACAACAAAAGUCAUAUGAUUUCGUAUCUAUAUACUGACGAUCAGUGGCCAUAAAUUUCAUUUUCAUCUGGUAUCAUUCGAUUGUAAAUGAAAUUUUAUCGCACUGCCCCUUAAUUGACACACCACUCAAUUUAAUGAAAAGUGCAUGUAGUCUAGUCUAUACUUGAGCUACCACCUACCUACUCAUUUUUGAGUUAAGGGACGAAGCUGUCAAAAAUUGUAUAUUUUUCACUCAAAAUAAGAAAAAAAUAUUUUCUUAAAGUUUGAGUGAGUUUAACUCUAAGUUUGAGUUCCCUGCACACAAAAUAAAGAACUUUUUUUCGUUUUUGUUUAUAUACAUGGAAUCCCUAGUUUACGUCACUCUUCUUUCUUUUAAAUGAAAAGUACAAAUAAGUUAUUCAAAACCGUUUCAUUUUUACCGGUUUGGAGUCAAAGUUGAACGAUUUUGAUACCCUUCUGUAGGACUUCUUACUUAGUAUAAUUGAGAUAACAAAAAUGUCUAUCUAUGAUUGUUGAUUCAUCGUUUCAAAAAUCGCGAAUGCACGAACCUUGACCCAUUCCUCAGUCAUAAGGUUUUAUCAUGGUGGCAAGUGACCGGGAAAAUCGGGAAAACCGGGUAAAUGUCGGGAAUUUGGUAUUACCGGGAAAAAGGCGGGAAUUUUAGUGCAAAUCUGGGAAAAAAAUUCCUAUUCCUAAUAUUAGUAACGAUUUUCAGCGUCAAGAUUUUCCUGAUACAACAAAUGAAAAGACUAAGGCCAAUUUGUAUUUGAACUAGAAGUUCAGUAUAAGUUUUGAAACUUCUUAUUGUCCCUCACAGGUUCAAUGGUGCACAAUCCAUUUAAAAUGGAGUCAACACCUUAUCAAUUUUAAAUCAAUAAGAGCUUUCUUAGUUGUCAUCAAUAACACCAUAAUCAAUGCUCAUAAUGAAAAAUAAGGAUAAUUUGGAUGCUUCUGCUGGAUUUCUAUUAAAUCUCGACAAAUAUUUGAAAAGAUUCCAAGUGCAAAUGACAGUUUCUCUUUGUUUAUUUUCUCUUUAAAUUAUAACGUUAACAGCAGAUCGAAAGUUGAUAGUUUCAGUCGAUAUUCUAUACAAAGUUAAAGAUAGAAGGAUUGCCUAUAGGACCGUAAUAAUCGAAAGAAAGAGUAAAGAAAGAGGAACUGUCAUUUGCACUUAGGACCUUUUCUAGUGUUUUUCUUCAAAUUUCAGAAUAAUUACGCAUAAUGGUAAAAGUAACAUCAGAUAACAUCAGGUUUGAUAAAUUUUUUAAGAAUUGGUUGGGGACGUGUUUUUAGUUGCCAGCCAAUGAUUUCCUUAAUUUCACCAAAAUUUGUCUCAGUAAUGUCAAAUUGUGACAAUACUUGUUUAGUAAUCUUGGUAUUGAUUUCAGUAGGAUUCGCAAAAUCGGCAAAGCUGUCGACUUUCAUUUUAUCCACCGUUUGCAAGGAAUAUUUGAUUUCCUUCUUUUACAGAUGAAAUUGGUUUUUCAUAGUUCGUAAGAGCUUGUUCAGUGUCGAUGAUAGGAGAGUCAAAUUUAGAUCGUCACUAGAGGCAUAGAUUGUUGUUGUUUUUCCAAAGUGACAAGCGUACAUUUUAAGAAUUCUAGAAGGAUUUUGUUCUCUCGCCAGAACCCAACUCUGAAAGAAUAUCGUAUAGGUUGUUAGCAAUGGCCUCUCGUCUUCAUGUGCACCUCGUGCACUGCACAACUGACUGUGAGAGCUUGUAUGCACACAUUCAGGAGAGGCUUCAAUGGCUUAUGCUUAUGGCAGUUGAAAACAAAUUGCUGUCUCAGUUGCGAUGUCGAAACGGUUCUGAUAUCAUACCAUAUAAGCAGUGCACAACCCGUCACGAGACGCCACUGGUUGUUAGAAGUAAUAGGGUUUGAGGGAGGAGUGUUGUGCUUUAGUUCAUUCAUUUUUAAUUUUUAACCUUAUACUAUACCAGGCUAAAAAAGUAUUGGAAUAUACUAGAGAUGGUCAGUCCGCGUCCGGUCCAAAAGAACUAGUUUUCCUCGAAGAUUGAGUGAACUGGAGUUCUUUAUUGAAGAACGAUAGCUUUCUAUUCUUCUCAAUAGAAUAGUCUUUCGAAACGUUUGCUGGUUUGAGGAGUCUGGUAGAAGUUCGCGAACUUUGAAAAUGUAUACAAAAGAGAAUAAUUACUGGUUGAACACAUGCAAAAAGACUUUAUUAUUAUUGAAUCUGUUGACUACAAAAUAUAAUUUAUAGCUAUCAUAUUAUUUUCGAAGAAACAUGCAGUUUCAGAAAAGCGAAAGAACGGUUCAAUAAAACUAGUUCUUUUGGUGCAACUAUCAAGUUUUCAAUAGUGCUUUGAAAUGAACGGUUUUGUCCAUUUCUAGAACACACUCCUAAUUUGCAUAAGUUUUAGGAAGGACUGAUCUUCCAGAGCCUUUUAAAGACUGAUUCAGUGGUAGUCUUGAAAAAGAUUGAAUAGUUCGAAAAAUAAUUAUUUUAUUUUAAUUGUAAAACUUUAAAUUUAAUUUUUCAUCAUUAGGCUUUCAAAUAACUGAUGAUAUUUCUGGAUAACUACAAAACACCACCAAUAAUCGUCGAAUAUGAUGUGAAAGCUGCGCUUAAGAGCAUUAUUAGAAAAAGCAAGAAGUUGAAAUAAAUUGUGUUGAUUUGUCAAGAAAAUUGCAAUAAUUUAGAUGCUUCAUUCCUUCGUGAAAUGCAAGACUGAUCACUUUCAUCACUGUUGGCCAGAUAUGUUUCUUGUUUUAAUCCUAUUGUUACAUCGAAGUUACAGGCGAAGUAAAACACAAAAUUAAGAUGGAAUACAUUGGGCUGGCUGGUACUGUUAGUUUAGAAGAUAAACGUUUGGACAAACUGUGGAAUGAUAGUUUCAAUCGUAGUUUCAAGGAUAUACCCGAAAAAUACUUAAUGCUAAACUCUCGAUUUUUUUUGGACAUGUUAAAAAACCGGGAAUUUUCAGUCUCGCGCACCGGGAAAACCGGGAAAUUGAAAUCGCUAAUACACUUGCCACCCUGUUUUAUACGACUUCAGAAUCAACUGCAUAAUAACUCAUGCUUACUUCAUUUCUUCGACAUUCUUCACAACUGUAUGUUAUAUUACAGAAGCUGCCCCUUCAUAAUGGAUCAGUAGUUUCCGGAAUGUUUCGGUGGUUCAGAUCUUUCGGCACGAAAUUCACAUAAUUCACUUUAUACCACUAAAGUACGUCCUUCGUGUAGUGGCAUGAUGCCAAAUUUUGCUAGAAGAUAGAUCGUUAUGGACCUUUAGGAGACGGAGAAUCUGCUUUUGGAGACACUAUUCCAAAUACACUCCUCCAUUCGUGGUGCCUGCGGUAACGAUAGAUGUACUACAAUUUCCGUGAAUACAAAUCGCUUGUCAAAUUACGAACUCGACAUCUUCAGUGUCCGAAGGUUCUCGGUAACUUCAUACUUAUCCUUGGCAGUUCCAUACAGGUUUCCUGGAAUCUAGUUGAAGGACGCCUUCACAUAUCGAAAUUACGUGUCAUUUUGGAUCCGUUAAUUUCUGGUCGUCCAACCUCCGAGCAACCUGAUGGCAGUUUUCCGGAUCUUCACUUCCAAUCUAAAGUCAGAUGUUCUUCUACCCGUUUUAUGAUACCAGACAUCGUCAAAUACGCGAUUUGCGCCAAUACAUUUAGGUUUCUGAUUUACCUUUUAUCAGAAGUGUUUCGAAAUAAGAUCACUUGAUGAUGGCACAUGAAUCAAACAUGAACCACCAGUUACGGAACGUUUGAUAACGAUAAAAGCACGAGAGAGAGUGAGAGUGCGUGUGACUGCAUUGCGAUGUGUGACCGUGGUAAAGUUUUUAACUCCCUGUUGUACAUAAUAGCUCAAUAGAACUAAAUGAGAUAAGACAACCUUAGCUAAGCAAAAUUACUCCUUUAAUGUCGAAUUGAUAAGCAUAGUUCAGUAGAGGCGUUCCGAAACGCAACAUAAGUUCAUGCAAUAUAGGUUGUUUGCCCCGAAAGGUCGCUUUUCUCGAACUUCGCCACGGUUGGAUAAGUGAAACGACGUUAAAAUUUUAUCCAGUAGGGCGCAUUUGGCCAUCGGUUGAUUUCGCACACGCUUCCGGCCGGACACAAGGCCGGAAGUGACAGAAUCGUUAUGUAUAUUGAUUGUGAUUAAUGGGUAUCUUAGCAAAUAGAAUGUAGCACGUUUAAGAAUGCUGUCGAAAAUUCGAUCAUGUGAACUGUACAGUUAAAAUAAAUGUUAAAACAAAUCUAGGCAAUGGGGGCUACUUCCUUCGUAUCGGUGAAAUUAAAAUACACAAAAAGAGAAAAUCGAAAAAAUGUACACCAUUUUUCUUCUAAGGAUAAGCGUUUUUAGUGUUAAGGAUCAAACUUUCUCACCUGAACAGCAGUGUAGUAGACCACCCGUCAAUAUUUUCUUCUCUCAAGUGUGAAAUUCACCUUGGCAAGUCGUCCCACAAAGAAAACAGAAACAGCAAACAAGUGCAUAUACAAAAGUACUAAUUAUUUACAAAUGAAAGAAGAAAAAAAAAACAAAUCGAAACAAACAGUUUGGAAUAUUCACACUCGAUUUGACGUCACGGACCGUGUAUCAAUUCUGCAUAAUACCGGGCGCGUACAUAGACAAAAACAAUGAAAACAAAAGCAUUAAAUAAUUUUUAAACAAUAUUUAUACAUGAAAAGUAUAGUGACAAACUCUACACGUAGUGAAAAGAUGUAUGAAACCAUUGUAACAGAAGAGAGUAGAUAUUAUUGUACAUUUGAACUUUUUUGAAAAGAAAUAAAAUUUUAAUUAAUGAUA